UGUCCGUGUCCUCCAGGCGGCUCUGAUGGCUCGCGCCUCUACGACGGCGUGUGGCGCUACAAGUCGAGCGUGAACGAGUGGACGGAGGCGGCGCCCAUGCUGAAGCCGAGGGAGUACCACAGCUCGGUGGUGGUGAAGGGCCAGCUGUACGUGGUGGCGUCCGACAGCACGGAGCGCUACGACCACGCUCUGGACUGCUGGGAGGCCCUGCCCCCCAUGCUGCACCCCAUGGACAACUGCUCCACCACCACCUGCAGCGGGCGGCUGUACGCCAUCGGCUCGCUCACCGGGGACGAGACCAUGGCCAUCCAGAGCUACGACGCUGAGUCCAACCGCUGGACUCUGGUCAGCUGCGGACAGAUGCCCCCCUGGUCCUUCACUCCCAAAACUGUGACGCUCAAAAGCCUCAUCUACUUCAUCAGGGAUGACUCGGCCGAGGUGGAUGUUUAUAAUCCUCAAAAGAACGAGUGGGACAAAAUUAGUCCGAUGACCCAGGUCCAUGUAGGAGGCAGUGUGUCGGCGCUGGGCGGUAAACUGUACGUCUCCGGGGGUUACGACAACACGUUCGAGCUGUCGGACGUGGUGGAGACGUUCGACCCGACGACGCGCUGCUGGACCCCGGCCGGGCGCCUGCCGCAGCCCACCUUCUGGCACGGCAGCGUCAGCAUCUUCCGACAGUUCAUGCCGCAGGUCAGCAGCGCGUUCGCACCCGCCGAAAUCCCCGAGUCGAACGCCAUCCACCUGCACCGGCACCACCGGCACCUAGCGCUCCAAAACCUCAACAACAAUCUCAACCAGAACCAGAACCAGGACGUGAACCCAGCGCACUGAUCGGACCCAGACCCCUGUUACAUUUAAAGACUUAUCCCCCUCAUGUAGCAACGCUGUGGGGUUUCUCGGACUUGUUUUGUCUAACUACGUUGAUACAAAAGUACUGUUGGCAGUUGCAUUGUGGGAAAUGUAGGCAACAAAGAAGGAAAUUGCCAUGGCUCUUUCUUUAAGUUAAAAAAAGAAUGUGUGUAUCCGCUGACUGAGUGAUUUCCAAAAUGUUAUAUUUUCUUCCAUGGCCCCCUUCCCACUUCCAAAGUUUCCCUAAAACCAGGGCCUGUAGUCUUUGCCUUAUCCUGCUUCCAAGCAGACAAGCAAACCAAAAACGCAUCUAAGUAUAUAUAGUUAUUAUUAACUAUAUCUCUAGCUAAAAAUAUCUCUUGUUCCUUUUUCUAACAAGAGUCUGUCAGUUUACAGGGCUACAAUGCUAAACCAAUGUUCUCCUUUUAUAAUUGGCCCGGAGCAUGAGCCAAAUAUUUGUUCAGAAACAGCAACGAUCAGUUUACAUUCCAAAAACGACAAUCGCAAUUGAUACGUAUUACUAAACAGCCUUAUGGCUUCACAUGAAGGGUUGAGAUAUAUUGUACUCAGAGUUGAGUAAUCUUUUGUCACUAUUGUAGGAUUUCAGGACGGCUGCAUUGUUUGAAUGACUUGUAUCGGGUUGAUAUACCAUUGAGUGAUAUUUAGACAUUUCCUCCUGACCCUUGGACUAAGCUUUAUAACCAGAAGUAGAAUGUGCAUGAAGAAUUUUAUUUAAGAUUUGUAUUUUUUUGUGGUUUUGUAUUUUUAUUCAUGGAUAUAUUUGUGCUGUGGUUGCUUAGAUGUCCCCGCCUAUCAGUUGCAACAAGAAAAGUAACGCGUUAGUGAUGGGUGGGCGGUCGGUAACUGGAAGUGCAAAAGAAUCUCAAUUUGUAUGUAGUUUAGUUUCAUGUUUUUAUGAUAUUGUUUUCUUAGUUUUCACACAAGUUUGUGAAUCACUUUUGUAAAUACAGUAUAUUCCUAACCUAGCGUACUGUGUUUGUAAAAUGUUUACAAUGUGGUUAGCAUAAAUUGAACUGCAGACAGGAGAGUUCAUUAGCCCAGUCACAUUUGAUUAGCUGUUAGCAUGUUGCUAAUAUAUUUCUUAUAAACAGUGGAUAGUA